GUAAACUAUCACCGGCAGGCUCUGGUCUCCCCCAUCAAACGGCUGGUGUCGCUUAAAUCUUCUCGGCGCUCUGCAGCAAAGAACAGCGCUUACCGACGCCCGCUCCAUUCUGUGCCUGUGAUGCCCCCGGACUACCUACUAGACCCUCAGAUCCUGCUGCACGACUAUGUGGAGAAAGAAGUGAAGUUCUUAGGUCACCUGACGUGGGUAGUCGCCUCUUUGAAUCCAUCUAGCCGAGAUGAAAUCUUGCAGCUCCUGGACACAGCUCGGCAGUUGAAGGAGCUGCCCCUACAUUGCACCCCGGAGCAGGACAGUAUCCUUAGCAUGUCUGCCCGCAGCCUCCUACUGACCUGGAGGGACAAUGAGGAACUGAUCCUGCGGAUUCCCACUCACGAAAUUGCCGCUGCUUCCUAUGUCAGAGACGACGCACUCCACCUUCUUGUCCUCAAAACAGGUCUUGGAUUGGACCCGGUGCCAGCAGCAGGUAGCCUGGAGAGAAAGCCACCGGCUGGCAAGGCUGACAGAGCAGGCUCCAAGCCUGUGGGAGGCACCAUGGAAAGGCGUCACACUAUCUGCAGCCUGGACUGGAAAAUGGCUCAUAGGACUUCGGAUGGGCGACCCAAAGGGGGAGGUAGUUUAGAGAGGCGAGGGGGAAAACAGGACAGCGGAAGCUGGGAGAACGGCAGUUGGGAAAAGAGGCAACCCUGCGGAGGCAGCUGGGAGAGGCGGCAGCCUUGUGGUGGCAGCUGGGAGAGGCGGCAGCCCUGCGGUGGCAGUUGGGAGAGGCGGCAGACCUGCGGUGGCAGCUGGGAGAAGAGGCACACGGGGCACAACCCUUUAGAUCCAAAGGAACCUUGUCCAGAUGCCUACUGCAACUUAAUCAUCCUGGCAGUGGAGAACAGGGAUGCUGCGGAGGAAUCCUGCGCUCUCAUCUGCCAAGUUUUCCAAAUCAUCUACGGAGACCAGAGCAUUGAAUGUGUGGACCGGGCUGGGUACCACUAUACAUCACCGCCAGAAAGACCUUGGCUGUCACGCUGUGACAGCUCACACACAGAUGGGACGUUCUCCUAUGAUGCAGACUACAGCUGCUGCAGCUCUUUAUUCGAAGCGCAUUACAGCGGCGAGUCGUCUCCUUCCUUCGCAAUGUCUGAGCAGAGUCUGGCAUCAGGCGCCAGCGACGGCGAUCAGAGUGGAGUGCCCCUGGAGCAGCUGCAGGAUUACAUGAUCACUUUGAGAAACAAGUUGGCCCCUGUGGAGAUCUAUCGCUUUGCGUGUCUCCUGCGUGAAUAUCGCCUUGGGAUGGAUGUGAAGGACUACUGCCGGGAGCUGCUGCAUCUGUACGGAGAAAACAGAAAGUUCCUUCUGCUUGGCCUCAGACCGUUCAUCCCUGACAUGGACAUCGGCUACUUCGAAGGUUUCCUGGAGAGCAUCGGGAUAAGGGAUGGAGGAAUUCUGACAGACAGUUUCGGGAGGAUAAAGCGCAGCAUGAGCAACACGUCCGCUUCGGCGGUGCGGAACUACGACAGCUGCUCGCCAAGCUCGCCCUCCCACUCCUUCAACCGCAUGAUCACAGACAUCACUCACAAUAUCGAAGCUCUGGCAAGGGAUGAUGAUGACAAUGAUGAUGACGACGUCAAUGAUGAUUUCUUGUGA